UGAAUUAGCAGUCUCAUAAUCAUUCACACAAAAAAUGGCUUGUAAGUUUAGUGUAUUCUUGGCGUUGUUUUGGCUAGUGGGUUUGAUGGUGGGAGACUCCUUGGCUCAGCUAAACCCUUCAUUUUACGCUAAAACAUGUCCUAAUUUACCCCAAAUUGUGAAUGGUGUGGUUGCACAAGCUCUUGGAACCGAUGCUCGAGCUGGAGCCAAGCUCAUUCGUCUCCAUUUUCACGACUGCUUUGUUGACGGGUGUGAUGCGUCUAUUUUGCUAGAGAAUGCACCGGGCAUAGAGAGUGAACUGGAUGCCCCAGGAAAUCAAGGCAUUCAAGGUCUUAACAUCGUCGACGACAUCAAAUCUGCUGUCGAAAAGGCUUGCCCUCGUACUGUCUCCUGUGCCGACAUCUUAGCCAUUGCCUCCAAAGAAUCCAUCGUACUGGCUGGAGGGCCGAGCUGGAUUGUGCCACUGGGACGAAGAGACAGUAGAACGGCCAAUAGAGAAGGAGCCACAAACAACCUUGCCAGUCCCUUCGAAGACCUCGAUACACUCAAAGCCAAAUUUGGUGUUUUCGGCCUGGAUUCCACUGAUCUGGUGGCUUUGUCCGGAGCACAUACAUUUGGGCGUUCAAGGUGCGCAUUUUUUAGCCAACGAUUUGCCAACUUCAACGGCACAAACAGGCCAGACCCAACGCUAGACCCAGCCUACAGAGAGCAGCUCCGAAGAAUUUGCUCUAGUGGGUCAGAGACACGAGCCAAUUUCGAUCCGACGACCCCAGACAAAUUUGACAAGAACUAUUAUACCAACCUUCAGGGGCUUCGGGGGCUUCUACAGAGCGAUCAAGAGCUAUUCUCAACUCGUGGGGCUGACACAGUCGCCAUUGUGAACCGUUUUGCGAAAAGCCAAGGCCAGUUCUUCAAAAGUUUUGGUGUGUCUAUGAUUAAAAUGGGAAACAUUACCCCUUUAACUGGAAACAAAGGAGAGAUUAGAUUGAGCUGUAGGAGAGUGAAUCCAAGUAGGCCUAGAGGUGAUGAGGGACAUGAUGUUAUGUAACUUUGUUUAGUUGUGUUGGAUGGUUUCUUAAUGUCGUUUUUAUGGCUGCCCGGUCCCUUCUUUUGUUGUCUGAGAAAUGUUCAAUAAAAUUUUAAAAAAAAACUAUCAGUCGGCAGCGUGGGUGUCUUGCUUUUCCCCGCAA